AUGGCGACCCUACUAUCUCUCCCACUUGAGCUGUUGGUCUACGUCUCCUCGUUUGUGUCGACGCCCGAUCUCGCAGCUCUCCGCCUCACUUGCAAACAAACCGAGAAAUCACUCUACGAAUGGUUUUCUCAGGAGUUCUUCAUCAAGAAGCAGUUCAUGCUCACUCAGCCGAGUCUUCAGGUACUCCUUGACAUCUCACGACAUGCCAGCCUUUCAAAGAAGCUGAAGCAUCUCAUCAUCGCCACCAACGUAUACGACGACCUACCGAUCAGCUUCAGGGACGGCGAUGCGUGUAGUAGCUAUAUGCAGGGCUAUGCCGAUCAACAAGCCUUGCUGAACAACGCCAUCGACCGCGAGAUGCUGACUGAGGCCUUCAAAGGUUUAAUCAACCUGGAAACAGUCGACGUUCGCGACUUUUGUGCCAAACGUGAACGAGAUGGUACCUACUGGAAUUCGUGGGGUGCUACUACGGUCUAUCAAGAUACCGGUGUUCGGCUUCGCGAGUCCUAUCGUGGAACAGGUUUGCAGUCGCGAUUCGUAUCGCACGUCUUCUCUAUUCUCCUUUACUCCCUAGGUGUUGCCAGGCAAGCAGCACCACGCCUCGAGGUGCUUCUGCGCCAGCAACCAGCAGGACUGCCGGAUAGCGCUUUCCAUCUCGCCAACUUCAUGUUUCCGGCGGUUCAACCGGUGCUGCAGAAUCUCAAGGCGCUAUUCCUAACGCUCAACCUGUCCGACAUGGCAAAUUCGCACCAUACACACAGUGGAGGACUGUCCGUAGGCAAGACCGCUGGCCGGUCUCUUCGCCACUUCCUGAGCUGUGCACCAAACUUGAAGCAUCUGCGCUUGAACUUCCAGAAAUUUCAAGUUCACGACAACGUAGAGUUCAUGAAAUGGCUUGCCUUACUCCCACCCUCUGCGCUCAAGCCUCCAAGCCCUACGCAUAUCACGAUAGAAGAGCCCUCGCCUGUGGCCCUACCUCACCUCGAAGCCCUGGAACUUGGACAGCUAGCCGUUAACAGAGACACCCUGCUUGCGGUACUUUCCAAAUUUGCCCCCACGCUCGAGCGUCUCAGUCUCUGGCGUAUGACACUCGAUGCAGGACCAGCCGGGCCCUACAACCUGAAGCCCAAUAUUUGGGCACAGUUCUUCAAGGGUCUGGCUAAUGUGUCUGGGCUCGAGCUGAACUAUUUGAAGGUCGGCGCGCUCUCUCAGAACCACUAUAGUGUCGAGUUCACGACUAAAGUUGUUGUUGAUGGCAAAGAACGGUCUGAAAUGAUGCGAGAAUACCCGGGAAAGCAAAUGGGGAAGUUCAUUGAAAGUCUUGCACAAGAUGUCAUAGUGCAGUGGUCGCCUGAGGUGGAUAUGCACAGUGAGGCAAGCAACUCGGAUGACGAUGAAGAUAUGUAUAUUGAUGAGGACGAGGAGGUAGAAGAAGAUGAAGAAGAGGACGAUGAUGAGUAA